GUUACUCGGCGGGGCCGUUAGCCGCCCGCGGCCUCGGCGGCGAGGCCUCCCGGAUGCCGGUUGGCGCUCUGCGGAGCAGAGCGGAGGCUGGGCCCGGGCCGCGGGCAGGGUGGGAUGCCGACGGGCCGCUCGCCCGCGGAGCUGGAGGCGGCGGCGGCGGCGGGGAUGGACGCCCUGGAGGAAGAGAGCUUCGCGCUGUCCUUCUCUUCCGCCUCUGAUGCAGAAUUUGAUGCUGUGGUUGGAUGCUUAGAGGACAUUAUCAUGGAUGACGAGUUCCAGUUAUUACAGAGAAAUUUCAUGGACAAGUACUACCAGGAGUUUGAAGACACGGAAGAGAAUAAACUCAUCUACACACCUAUUUUUAACGAAUAUAUUUCUUUGAUAGAAAAGUAUAUUGAAGAACAGCUCCUGAAGCGGAUUCCCGGCUUUAACAUGGCGGCUUUCACAACAAGUUUACAGCACCAUAAAGAUGAAGUGGCUGGUGACAUAUUCGACAUGCUGCUCACCUUUACAGAUUUUCUGGCUUUUAAAGAAAUGUUUCUGGACUACAGAGCAGAAAAAGAGGGCCGGGGACUGGACUUAAGCAGCGGUUUAGUGGUGACUUCACUGUGCAAAUCAUCUUCUACACCAGCUUCCCAGAACAAUCUGCGGCCCUAGGUCCCACCUCCAGGUAGUAGGAUCUUUCUGAACGUCGCCAGCCCAAUAGACUGGGAGAGGGGUUGGCUAAUGAUGACAGAAGAACACAUCUUGGAAAGACUGACUAUUGGAAGACUGAUUCUGUGCUGUAAUGCUUCAUUACUGUUAAGUAUUGAUGGCUCAAAAGGAAAAUCGCCUGACCCUCCUGGGACCUUUCUCCUGAAACACCCUCUUGUGCUCAGUAACCCUAGCCCUCCUCCCCAGUGAAGGGCUUAGACUUAGGGGAAGCCUCCUCCCCUCUCUUAGAGGCUUGAGUUGGGCUCCUGGAGCAAGCCCAAGUCCAGCAUUCCCCGGGGCCCCUCACCAGCACACACGUUGGUGUGUCAGCAUUGGGAAGAACCCACUGUCACCAAUCUCUCUGGCCCAGCAGGCUCUGUGUGUCCCACCAGCCUGUUUAUAUGCAGCAGUUUCAGUCCUGCAGCCUCCGUGGGGUUUGUGACUGUUUGGGAGUCUUGAUCUAGGGCGGCACUUAAGCCUGCCGCCCGUCUUGAGAUUUCUGAAGCUCCUGCUAUCCCAGCUAGUCUUGGCUGUAGGAAUCACCUGAGAGCAAUAUCCUUCACCCAAAAGCUGCCCGGGAAAGCCACUUCCUCCUCUUGCACCUGCAGUCGUCGUAUCAGUUUUCUGCUGGUCCUGAUGUAGUCCCACUGUUUCUAGAAUUCUCUUUUAAGCAUUUUUGAAAAAAUAUUUUUAUAGAUGAACACUCAGGCUAACCUAGUGGAUGUAAUCUUGGAACUUCCAUGAUUACCCACUUAAAGAUCAAAGUAUUAUAUGCUGUGUGGUUUCUAGGUAGUGCUGUGAAAGCAAAACUGCAUUCUGUGUUGGCGUUCCUAUCUUACCGGGCACCAGUGAACGUGCGCUUGUGCGGGAAGUAGGCUACAAGUGGUCUUUGUCUUACAGCAUGUUCAGUGUUCGUGCGGCUUUGCUUAAAACCCUUCCUGUAUAAAUCAGUUCCUUAGAGUUUCUGUUGGGGUGGGGGCUCUGCGGUUCCUCCUCCUGUCAAAAUCUUCCUACCAAUGUGGUGUUCCACUGUCUAGCUCUGCACAAGUAGGAGAGCAAACAGCUUCACUGUCCUCUGUCUGCUUUGAUUUAGUACAUUGGUUUAGUACGAUGUUUGAUAGAACAUUACUGGCCAGAAAACAUGGGUGUCACAUUUCUAGAAAGAAGAAAAAACAUAGUAGUUCAAUUUCUGGUGUGUAUCUUAGACUUUUUUUUUUUUUAAGUAAAAAUAAGAAUCUGGACUGACUUUUCACUUGGCUAUUCUAGUUUUAAGGAGGAGCUGUGUGCUAUGUGUUUUUCUCUACUGAUGUGGCACUUAACUUUUGUAUCAUGAGUAAAAUUUGACGUGCUUUGCAAGAAC